AUGAGAAGAGGUGUAGGAAUAGCAGGAGUGAAAUAAAACUUAGCAGUACAGCAGAAGUUGAAGGAAGUUGGACAAGAAAUAGAGAAAACACAACUUGAAGAGAUGAAUAAACAAUUAUCUGAGUUCAAGAAUCAUCUUGAGAAUUUCGCUCUAAAGCAUAGAAAAGAAAUCAAUCAGAAUCCAGUCUUUAGAAAUCAAUUCCUUAAAAUGUGCAAGGAAAUUGGAGUCGAUCCCUUGAGCUUGAAUAUUUGCAUUGCUCUAAGAAAAAAGAAUGGAGGCUUCCUUGAGGAAAAUGAAUGCUUAACUUUGCUUAAAAAGAUAAGAUCUUCAAAAGCUGAGGAAGUUACCCUUAAGGAUUUGAGGAAAGCUGUUGAGAGUUUACACAAGCUUGGCUCUGAAUUUAAGAUAAUCCAUACAGGCAGCAAAAGAGUCAUUUGUUCAUCAAGUGUUGAAUUAUCCUAAGAUAAUCUGACUAUAAUGUAAUUGGCAGAAGAGAAUAAUGGUUGGAUUACUUUUACAAAGCUUAGAGAAAAGAUCUCAACUUUCAAUUAACAUGAUAGAUUUUAAAGAGCAAUCGACUAAUUGAUAAAGGAGGGAUUAGCUUGGGUUGAUGAGUAAUCUCUGCAAGAUAAUAAUGCCUCGAAAGGUGUGUUUGCUAAAAAUGCUGAGGAUUAGGGUAAAUGCUAUUGGUUCCCCUCAUUGAUGGAAAAUAAGCAGAAAAAUAAGGAGGAGGCUGAAGAUUUAGCUUUGAUAGGUAGAUAAUGA